AUGAGUAGGGGAUAUGAUUUAAUUGUUGAUUUUGACUUUGAUUUUGAGAGAGGGAGUUCUUUUCUUUUGUUGGAAGUAAUUAUUCAUGAAAAUAAAAUAAAAAUGGGAUAUGAAAAUUGUGUAGUUUGCGGGAAAAGAUAAGAAGGUUUAUAUAAAUUAUUACCACAUUUUCGAUCAAGAUAAGAAAAUAAAUACAUUCAUAAGAUGUGUUUAAUGUUAUUUAGUUCAGAUUGGAAUCGUAAAGUUGCUGUGAAUGAAAGAUUGUAUUAUAAUGAUUACAGAAGACAUUGUGGAAUAUGUAGUAAACGAAAUAAGUCAUAGGUGAUUAGAUGUGCUUAUAGGUAUUAAGUUUAAUUAUGUAAUCCAGUUCAUGUAGAAAAAGAUUUCAUUUAGAUUGUUUAAAGAAUCCUGUUAUCUAAGUAAACUCAAAUUCAAGGAAUCAUUAUACAAGAUUAGAUGUUUAUUGUCCUGAACAUUCUCUUAAUUUAAUUAAAACUAAUAAUUUAGAUGAGCAUGUAGAAUCCAUUUUUAAUGAACAUCUAUUAAAUUAAGAAUAAGAACCUGGACAAAUUUAGAAGAGCAAACAUAAAAAAAAACAUAAGAAGAAACAUUCUCGAUCAAGAUCAAGAUCUCAUAAGAAAUCAAGAAGACGAUCUAGUAGUUAAUAUAGAUUUAGUAAUAGUAAAAGUUCAAAAUUAUCAUCAUAAUCUCUUGUUAAUAAAAAUACAUCUAAAUCUUCUGUUAAAAAUCAAUCAAAUAUUGUUUAAGAUAGAUUGUUAGAAAUACCUGAAAGUUAGAUUACUGAAGGAAUGAUUAAAGAUAUUCUUUAAUUAGGACCUAUUUAGGAUAAAAUAAUAUAAAUUAGCGAACCUGAACCAUUUACACAAUAAAUAUAAUAAUAACCAAUCUUUUUUGAAUAAUAAUAGUAGUUUUAAAAAGAAAAUGUUUAUCCAUAAAUUUAGAGACCAAUUAUUGAAGAUCCCGAAUUCCCAUAUACAGAGAGAGAUAAUAAAAGAGAUCAAUCUAUAUUAAAAUGGUGGGAUAAAAUAGAAGAAAUCUAUUUUAAAGGAGAAGAAAAAUUAAUACUCACUAAAAAGGAAGAAUUCAAGAAUCCUUUUAUAUGGUCUAAUAAAGCAUUAGAUGAAGAAUUAUUGAAUUAUGCUGAUUAAAUGAAUAUUGGUAUUAAUAAUUAAACUAUUUAUAUUUUUAGAACCAAUCAUACAGUUGAGGUAUUAAUGUAGAGGAAGUAUAAAUGUUUUAAUUAGAUGCUCAAAAGCUCAGUAUUAGUACACUAAUUGUAAAAAUCUUUUAGUUUCAUUCGAUAUAGUUUUACCGAACAUGUUGGCAAAGCAACACCCAAAGGAUUACUGAAGACAAACAUACAAUUGUAUAGAUAUUUAUAAGAAACAGUUGAUAUUCCUACAUAUUCUGAUAAAGAUAUAAUUGGAAAAGAUUUAAUUUAUUUAGAAAAUUGUGAAUUAACUAAAUAAGAAUAUUAGGAUUGUUUUGAAUUAGAGCAAUAAAUUAAAGAAAUUCAUUCUAAAUUAGAAUCACAAUUAGAUAUUGAAAGUGACACUGUCUAAUAAUUUGAUAUUGUUUAUCAUAUAAUGAAUAAUGAAUUAAGUUCUAUUGUUUCAUAGAAUAAUUAAUUUAGAGAAUAAAUCAAUUCAUAAAUAACUGAUUACAAUUUUAAAAUAUUAAAAACAGAAUAACAAUUACUUAUUGAUUUACUUAGAUGGUCUUAAAUUGUUAAAGCAUUCAUAAAUGGAUACAAAGAUAAAACUGAAGAUGCUUUGAAUUCCUUUUAUCCUUGUUAAUUGACAUUAACAACUUAAUCUUCUUAGAAAGCAUAGUAGAAGAAAAAGAAAAUUCACUCUAAAGAAAAUGUUUAACCAUUAGAUACUGAUUGCAAAAUUUGUUUUGAUUACCAUUAUACAGAUUUUAAUCCAGUGAUCUAUUGUGGUAAAUGUUCAACAUCAUUUCAUAAAAAUUGUUAUGGUCUUACUGGAUCUCUUGAUGAAGAUGAUGUAAUUUGUGAUGCAUGUUAUUAUGAAUCAUCUAAAUUAAAUUAAUUUAGAAGAGGUAUAUCUAUGAUUAUUAGAAGGUGCUGCAAAAUGUAGAAUUUGUAAGAAAUUGGGAUUACCUUAAAAAUACAUAAGAAAUUCCUUUUAUCAUGUUUCUUGUUUACUUUUAACUAAUUAAGUCAUUUUAUCAGAUGGUGCUUAUGAUGUUAGAUAUAGAAAGAAUGAUAUUAAAUAAUUCUGUAAAGAUAAUGAAUCAAGCACUCCAUAAUGUGCAGUUUGUGGAGAUUCAAAAGGUUCAAUACUUUAUAUUCAUUUUAUUUAGGGUUUAGAUUUAUGUGUUCUGGUGGUGAAACUAUUCCAUGUAAGCAUGCCUUCCAUCCAAUCUGUGCUUAUUUACAUGGAUUAACUAUUGAUAUUGAAAGUGAAGAUCUUGAAUAAUGUUGUAAAGAACUCAGGUUUGCUCAAUUAAAUGUGUAUAUCAAAUGUGUCUUACACUGUAAUAAAACUUUGUAAGAAUUAGUAAAGUAAACUUACUAUAGGUAUUAAUAUCAAAUCUUAUCAUUCUAGGAGAUUUGCACUGAAUUAUGAGUAAACUGCUAAAUGUGGAGGAGAAGACAUUUUCAUUUCAGAAUUCAAAAAAACCAAAGGAUAUAGGUAACUAAUUUAAGCAAACUCUUAAGAUAUCUCUCCUUUAAGUUACCCAUUUCAAGAAAUGACAAUUUAUAAUAAUUUAUUAAUUAAAAUGGUACACCAACCCAACAGAUGUGAG